UCUCGAUGUGAAGGGUUCACACAGUACAUAAAGGAGGAAAAUGCUAAUAUAGUUAACUCUAAGAUUAUGACAAGAAUAUCUGAUGCUAAUUUGGACGAUUGUGUGAAGAUUUGCAGAGAUGAUCUAGGAGUUCUGGCGUUCAACUGUAAAAGUUUCACGUACAAUGCCGCAACUCAACAUUGCUUUCUCAGUGAUGAAAACAGCCUUUCAUUGGUUCAAAAAAUAGCUACCACCCCAAGUGAGACCCUGUAUGAACUGUUCUGUGUGGAAGGGGCUAAACCUGAAAAUAAUGAAAAAGCUGGUGUUGCGUAUCUGUAUGGACGAGAAAACAGAUAUUAUGAAGAGGAAGUUCCUUUUCAACGAUAUCGUAAUUCAAUUCUGCAGGCUGAGUUUAGUCAAACUAUUCGUGAGGUAGAACUCAGUAGGUGCUUGGAUGAAUGCCUGCACGCUAGUCCUAAGUGUAUGUCGAUAGUGUACAGUGCCCGGAGUCGAGAGUGUAAAUUAUCAACAUUUAACCAAAGAGACAGUAGAAUUCUAUACGACCCAUUCUUUGACUACUAUGAGAAUAUUAUAGACCAAGCUGCUGGACCUGGGGGUCCUUUACCCAACCGGAACCCGAACCUAGGUAUAUCCUCCCCUAUCGAUAAAUCAAACCGCAAACUGUUUGGUUCCGUUUUCCUUCCGCCGGAGGUCCCGGCACUUCCUCCUCUAUCCUCGGUGGUCAAUCCUUUCUCUCCGGAGGUCAAUCCUCUUGGUCCAUUCCGUCCUCUGUCUCCGACUUCAAUCCUGUUUCCUGGUGGGCCCCAGGAUAAUAUUGGAUAUUAUGAUCGCUACCCAGGAGCCUUCAGACCAUCCCCACCUAGUCCUGGUAGAUAUCCUCCUAUAACAGGACCACCUAUCCGGUAUCCAUCCGGAGGUAGAACCAGCAGAUGUGAUCCGGGUACUGGAGAUUCAUUCAGACAGGUCCGUUCCAGAACAAGAUUGAGACAGCAAUUCAUUCGCAGGCUUGCCACGGUUAACAGUCUAUUUGAAUGUGAACAAGAGUGUUUGAGAGAACGGAUUUUUAAAUGCUUAUCCUUUAACUAUAUUAGUGUUGGAUUCUCCCCUACCACUGAAGAGAACUGUGAACUAAGUGAGAAGAAUAGUUAUGAUUAUGAUAUUGAUAAUCCCGUGGCAUUCGAGCAGAGUGAACGGUUUGAUUACUACCAACGUGAGGCCAAACAAGAGUUUACUGACGACAGUUGUCUUGAUGUGUCUCAGACCUGUGAUCAAGAUGGGAUGGCGUUUACCUUGAAAACACCUGAAGGGUUUAGAGGAAGAAUUUAUACACACAAUAACUAUGGCAGAUCUGGUUGCUAUGUCAGAGGAACUGGGGGUAAUUUGCACACACUUCGGAUACCAGGGAGUGGAGGGUUCCCAGACUGUGGUACUGGUCAGUAUGGAGAUACGAUCACCAACAUAGUGGUGGUUCAGUUCAGCGAAGAUAUUCAGACUAACAUGGAUAUGAAGUACAACCUCACGUGCACUACACGUGGUCCAGGAUCAGCUGUCGUCACUUCCGGUUAUAUCGGAGCAGGAUCUGGGCAACCUGUUCCAAUUGAAUACCUGCCAGCUGAGCACACACUGGAUAGUAGGGUCAGACUAGUCAUCAAGUAUCAGGAUCGUCCAACAACUACGAUAGCUGUCGGAGAUCCUCUUCAGUUCAAACUUGAGACUCAAGAAGGAGAAAACCUACUCAGGGAUAUAUUUGCUACAAAUGUUAUUGCAAAGGAUCCUUAUUCUGACAGAAUUGUUGAAUUGAUAGAUUCCCGUGGAUGUCCUAUUGAUCCAUACGUAUUCCCAGCCCUUGGUCUCUCCAGAGCUGCUGACGGAUUGGAAACUUCGUUCAAUGCUUUCAAGAUUCCAGAAUCUAAUUUCUUAGUGUUUGAGGCAACUGUUAGAUCGUGUAGGAGUGGAUGCAGACCAGCGGUGUGUGAUGGACCAUCUGAUUUUGCAGGCAGAGAUAACAGUUUCGGAAGGCGACGAAGAGAAUCAGAUUCUACUGGGGAUAAGAAACAAGAAGAAACUGAUAAAGGAAGCAAGAUGGAGAUACGAGAAAUGUUCCGAGUGUAUGAAACACGGUCCAGCAUUCCAGAGAAUGGGCAAGUGGAGGUCAUCAGAGCAAAGGAGGCAACAGUGUGCUUGGUUAGCUCCUCAUACAAAGGGAUGUUAGUUGGUUUAAUUGUUCUUGGUCUUCUCCUUACUCUAGUUUCUACCCUUACCCUCAUAUUAUACAGAAGAAGUAGAAAGUCUAAAUCCGUGCAUGAUAUGUCUGAUCCCGGUACAGUACUCUCUAGUCAACAGAUGAGUAAACUUCGACACUUGAAGGAGAGUAAAAUAGUACCGCAAGAAAGGUAUCUACCUCCCUGGAAACAUACUCCAGGGGAGGCCGAGGAUGUGAGGUGGCAGGAUCCCAGUGAACCAAUCUACACAGAUCCUUCGCUUUUUGAGAAAAUGUGAAAAAAAGCAAAAAAUAGAAGCAUUUUUAUUUUGCAUUAAUUUCAAGUUAGGUUAAAGAAAUUUACGUUGCUAUUUGUUAAAACUUGUAACUUUUUGCUAAACAUUAGAAUUUUUUCUAAAAUUUUUUUGGGCAUUUUAAGAAAUGUUAAAACUAAAUGAACAAUCAAGUUUAUUUUUGUUCCAAAAUGUGUACUUCUAGUAGUGAUUACUAUCUGCCUUGCACCGCCAAAACUAUUCAUAUUCUCGAUUUCACUGCCAAAAGACAGACCAAAGAGCACUUAAAAUAUAAAUUUUAUUCGAAUUUGUCUAAAAUUAAAGUUUGACAUUUUCAUUUUAAAUAUUACUAAUUUGGUCCAAAAUUUUGCUUUAAGCCUUCGAUGAACAACGCUGAUUUUAAUUUCCUUACGUUUUCUACCACAAUGGUACUCAAUUCAGAGUUAAGACCCGUUAUAUACCCCUAUUGUAAACUAAUUUCAAGCCUUUUUUUCAUUUUUUUGUCAAUAGAACAAUUUGGUCGUAAUUUCGAAUUAUGACCAGAAUGCUAGGGACCUAACUUUAACUUUACAUUUGGGAAGUUGCCGCUUGGGAAAUAGUCAUUGGGAAAGGGCCUUUGGGAAAGUACCUAACACCUUUCAAAACGCUCUCUCAGGUUCGAUAUUACAAAGAAAACAUGGAGGUAUUUUCAAUGUUUCCUUUAAAUUAUCAUUCCCCAAACCGAGGGAGGUUAUGUUACUUAACGUCCCAGAACCCGGAAUUUUUUCAUUACCUACAUAAAUACGAAAAUAAGGAGUACCAUUGUGAAUUGUAAAUACCUAUUUAUAGAGAAAGUUUUAAAAUUCUAGAAACCCAUUUUACAAAUGUAAUUGUAUUUGUCAUCUCUUUCAACCCUUUCGUGCUUUUUCAUUUAUAUAAUUUUCUAAUUUUUUAGUUUUAAUAAAUGUUCACGCUUAAAGAGAUUGUUCAAAAAGGAG